AUGUUAUCCACGCCAAGACAAACGAUUUAUAUAAAUAAUAUCAAUGAGAAAGUCUCACUAAAUAAACUACGAUCAUCUUUACAACUUUUGCUUCAAAAUUAUAACCCCAAAAGAAUUCUACUACAAAAAUCAUUAAAAUUAAAAGGACAAGCUUUUGUAACAUUUGAUAACGUUGAAGAUGCAUCCAAAGCAGUCAAGGAAUUAAAUCAAAAACCGUUGUUUGACAAAAAUAUUAACAUUGAGUUUGCUAAGUCUAACAGUGAUGAUGUUUACCUUACUGACAAAAAUGAAUUCAAUGCUAGACGUCAAGUAAGAAGAGAACAUAAAAUACAAAAAAAAUUAAAUGAGUCAAAAUCAAAAUCAAUCAAAAAGAAAACAAAUAAGAAGAAUUCAACUUCAAGUAAAGAAUCAGCUUCAGCAAAUUUGAAAAGUUGGCAAAACUUACCACCAAAUCAUGUUUUGCUUUUACAAAAUAUUAAUGAGACAUUAAACAUAAAUAAAACUACAAUUGAAAAUUAUUUCGGAGAUUAUGCUGGAAUUGAGAUUGUAAGAUAUAUUAAGCCUAGAAAUCUAUCAUUUAUUGAAUUUGAAAAUGAAGAAUUGGCUACAAAUUGUCUACAAAGUGUUGAUCUAUCUAAUUUAAAACAAAAUUUUGGUGAUAAUACAAUAUUCUCAUAUGCUAAAAAAUAA